AUGUCGUACCUCCUCCACGGCAGCACAUCUUAUACUGGAAUGGGCUGGGUCGACCUGGUACCCCGCUGCGGUCGUAUCUACAUUGGCGGCUUAUACGCUUUGUACCAGACCGACCUCAUCGAAGCAGCGGGCAUAACACACGUACUAUCGGUCAUCGACUACGACGCAUUGCUCCAAGAGAAAUUCCGGCACCUGAGACAUUUCCAUAUCCAUGCCGAGGAUCAUCCCAACACCAAUCUCUUGCAGUUUUUCGAGGGUGGUGUCAAAUAUAUCGAUGAGGCGCUAACCUCUUCCCCGCUGACUCCUGGCAAGCCUCAAGCCGCGGACGCUAAGAUCUCACCCUCAAAAGGGGGGAACGUCGCGUCCGGGGGUGGCGUAUUCGUGCACUGUGCAAUGGGCAAGUCACGGUCCGCCACUCUUGUCUGCGCGUACUUGAUUUGGAAAUACAACAUCUCCCCUGAAGCGGCGUUGGAGCAAUUAUGCGAGGGAAGGCCGAUUUGCGAUCCAAAUCCUGGCUUUAAAGAGCAGUUGGAGGUUUGGAGCGCAAUGUGCCGUGCUGGGUGUGAGGAAGAGAAGAAGAGGAUAUAUGAGCGCUGGGAAAAGGAUCAGUUUACUGGUGAAGUAUGGGAUUGGGAGACUCGAGUGAAGGAACAGGAAAGCAAGAAAGCCAUGAGUCCUCAAGCUUCGAAGCUUUAA